AUGAGGCCUUUGUGCGAAUGUGACGUGAAGGAAGUAGUCAAGUUCAGUAUCAAGUGUCCAUCAGAUGGAGGCAGUUGUUAUGCAGCUGGUAUUGUUUACUUACCUGAUGAUCAUAUCGUUGUAGUAGAUUACAACAAUAACAAAAUAAAGUUGUUUACAACUUCAGGGAAAUGUUUGGAUGAGAUGAAGGUUCCAGGAAAACCGUUUGAUAUGUGUUGUGUAGAUGAUGACACAGUAGCGGCCGCUAUCGUCAAUUCAGAAAUACACAUAAUCAAAGUGAACCAUGCAAAACUAACUUUGUCUUCCAAAAUAAAACUUUCUAACGGAGCACACCCACGUGGUAUCACUUACUCAAAUGAGGCGUUUACUGUGAGUACUCCGACCGAUGUGUAUAGAGUCAGUAAGAAUGGAGUUCCGAACACAAUUGUUUCUCCUCCUAGUCGCUGCUUACACCUUGCGUGCGACCCAAGGACAGGACACAUAUAUGGAAGUCAAUCGACAUCCGUGGCUGGUGAUGUAGCUGUAUACAGACUGUCAGACGGUAAACUUACAAGCAUAUCAAAAGUUGGUUUGCUGAAGGACGCGUUUGGUGUAGACGUCGACAGGGAUGGCAAUGUGUACGUGUGUGGGUGGGCGUCCAAUAACGUGGUACAGAUGUCAGGCGACGGGACAAACGCCAGAGAGCUGCUGACGUCAUCAGACGGUGUAGACAGACCGAUCGCGAUAUCUGUGUGUGGGAACAAAUUCGUGGUUACAAACCAAUCAUCACAAAAUCGUAGUGAAGUGCGAGUGUUUGAACUUUACUGA